AUGAGCUCUUCUCCAACGAUAUGUGCAUCUCCAAACUUUGUAUUCCCCGCUACAUCCAACCCAUCGCCUUCUAAGGAAGAUACAUUUGAUUAUUUUAGUAUUGCUAGGACAGCACGUCAAAUUAGUUCUCAUCAGGUGAGAGCUUCUAGUAGCUCUUCCCAUUCUAAGGCUACAAACUCUAUCUCUUCCAUAGGCUCAGAUCAAACUGUGGUUACUGACUGUCCGAAAAGAGGACCUAUUUCAAGAAGAACUGAUUCUAUUAUGUCAACUGAUACCCUUAUAGAUGAAAACUCAAAGCAUACUGUUAGUUUAAAUCUGAAAAACUUGAUGAAUCUUUCUAUAUCAGCCGGAGGAAGUUUCUCCAAACAUAAUCAUAAUCAUUCUGUUAACUCUGAUCAACUGGUAUUUAGUGGCAAAUCAACUAGUAUGGAUGAACUGUUUGGUAAUCAAAGAAAUGCAACUUCUGCCAUGGAAACUUCAUUUAAUUUUGGUCUUAAUUCUGGAUCUACCCCUAAGAAAUAUAACACAAGACCACUGCCACAAGUACCCACUGAAGAAUUUACUUCAUUUCUGGCCACUAAUAUACCACUGGUUUUGAAACAAGACCCACCUAUACUUCGGAAACAACAGACACUCCCAUCCUUUAAUUUUUCUCAGGACUUCAAUAGCAUUCAACAGAAACAAAUGUUCAAAUUAAAAUAUAACCCCAAUUCUUCAUCUGUUUUGAAAAAAGAUUUGAAUGCCACACUUCCUGAAAAUGUGGUACCAUUGGUAUCAUCGAAACUUUCAACAAUGAUGGGACAGAACUCUAUUAAUGAUGAAUUGUUAAUCGUUGAUAUUAGACCAUUUAAUGAUUAUGUUAAGUCACAUAUUACAAACUCCAUUAAUGUUUGCCUCCCUUCGACUUUGUUGAAGAGACAAAACUUUAGAAUUGAUAAAUGUAUUAAUUCAUUACCAGAUUAUGAGAAAUCUGUUUUAACAAAAUUUAAUGAAAUGAAUUCAAUGGGGGAUCGUGAAACCCGUCCAAAUUUGGUUUUAUAUGAUAAUUAUUCCACUGGGUUGGGAGAUAAUAAUAGUCAAAACAUAUCCAAUAUGUGUCAAAAGUUUAUUCAGGAUUGGUCUAAUGUUAAUAUCUUUGUCUUACAAAAUGGGUAUCAAGAAUUUUCCACAAAUUUUGAAAACAAUAUUGACUUUGGAGUAUCAUGUAAGGAGAAUAAUUCAGAUUCAGAUUCGGGUGUGAAUUUAAAUUCCUCUAAUUCCAAUUCACAACCUAGAGCUAUGAGAACUUUAUCACUUGGGAAUAUUCCAUUGGGAGGAGGAUCUAGCAAUACUCCAGUACUUUCAAGGUUUGUACUUCCAGAAGCAAAGCCAGUCUUCAAAAUCCGCCAUAAUGAAGAGAUUGUUACGAAAGCUACCGAGAACUUCAAUGUCUUACUUGAUUAUAGAGGAUUAUCAACUACUGAACAAAAUAAAUUACCGGGAUGGGUAAAGAAGACAUCGAAUGAAAUUUGUGAUGAAUUUAAUUAUUUGGAAAAAUUGGAACAAAAUCGAUUGACAAAUGCAUUGAAUAUAAAUAAAGAGAAUCUUGAUAAUAGGAACCCAUUUAUAGAAGUUGAUUCAAUAACUUCACCACCUCCAACAAUCAGUUCAGGAAUUGAAUAUGGAUAUAAAAACAGAUAUAAGGAUAUAUUCCUUUAUGAACAUUCAAGAGUAAAACUUCGUGAUAUUGAAACUACGCAAAAGUGUGACUAUAUAAAUGCAUCAUAUAUUACUGGUGCAACCACCAAGUAUAUUGCCACUCAAGGUCCACUUUCACAAACUAUCGGAGAUUUUUGGAAAUGUGUCGUAAACGAAAAAGUUCCAAUAAUUAUUUCGUUAACAAGAGAAACAGAAAAUGGAAUUGUGAAAUGUUCUCCAUAUUGGAAUUCAGGAGAAUACAUGUCAAAUGAAAAUAAAGUUGAAGUUAAACUUUUAGAUUGUGAAACUGUUGUUACUGGAGAUACUCAUUCAAAUUCGAACACUUCACAAUCAAUUGUGUUGAGAAGUUUUGAAAUUAUUAUUGAUGAUAAAUAUAAACAUAAAGUUCUUCAAAUUCAUGUGUUAUCAUGGCCAGAUAUGGAAUUGAUUAUGAAUCCAAAAGAUUUACUUUCAAUUGUUUUAUUAAAGGAUUAUGUGAUGAAACUGAUCAAUUCGAAUGUCCCAGUGUUGGUCCAUUGCUCUGCUGGAUGUGGUAGAACAGGGGUCUUGUGUGCCACUGAUACAGUAAUUGAUACCAUUAACAAAAAUGAUGAAUUUAAUAUGGAUAAUUUAAUUUUUUCUACGGUUGAUCGGUUUAGAAAGCAAAGAGUUUCCAUGGUUCAAACAUUAAGACAAUAUGUUUUAAUUUAUGAUCUUGGGUUAAUCUUUUUGAGAAGCAAAUACUAUAAAGCUAAAGGAGGUGAUAUACCUGAAUCAUGUCAAUGGAAUAAUUUUAAUAAUAUGAAUAUUAUUAAUAAAUUCAUUGAAGAAUUCAAAACUAACGAAAGAAAAUGA